AGUACUUGACCUUUGUCAUUUUUAAAACUAUGCCAGUAGGCAAUGGCUAACUUAAAUUCCUGUAUACAUCAACUAAAAAUGUUAUUUCAAGUACAGAGAAUCUUUCAAAUCUCACUAAAUCUGUAUAGGAGUAGAGAUAAUAGCCAGCCAGUUUUAGCAUCGUCACCACGCCCAUUUCCGACACGCCCACUUUUGACUGUCUGAAAACCGUUUGCCAGACUCUCUCCCCCGGGAGGAGUCUGGCCUCGAGACUAGGCUACAUGCUUCUGUGCUUCAUUCUAUGUGUUCAAGUUUGUCAGUUCUCUACAAAAGAAAAGAAAAUCCUGGAAACGAGGCUAACUGUAAUUAUGGUGAACAAUUUUAAGGUGAUAUUAUUUAUUGUUUCGCUUGGCAGUAUCACACUGCUAUGGUAUUACACAAGGUUAUUCUUCACGACUGAGCCAGCUGAACUGGUUAAUGCUAUUGAAACAAAUGCUAUUGAAACAAAACACUCCACGGGGGUUGCACCAACUCGCUUUAUCUAUCUAACUCAAACAGAAAACUGUAUUCCAACUUAUCUAAGUUCUCCCGAAGUGAUUGGUGACUCUGAAGCAUGUCAGUGUGAUGUCAUCAUCCUCAGUUACAAAACGAAGUGUGCUGACACGUCAUUGCCUCAUGUUCAAUACAUAUUCAACUCUAAUAAGUCUAUAACCUGGACUACUGGAAGAAACUUGCUUUACGAAGCAGCCAAGAAAAGGAAAGAAAAGUACAUCCACUACAUUUUCAUCGACGACGAUGUUCAACUGAUACCAGUGGAUAAAAAAAAUACACAGAAUCCAUUUAGGAGGUACGAAGAAUCUCUCAAGAUCUUUCAACCUGCUGUAGUUGUCAUCCUCGAUGGUCGCAAGCGAAACCAUUUCCCUACAAAAAUUCUCCCUGAGCGAUUGGAUUGUGAACUCACAAGAUAUGUACAAAUAUAUAGAAUAGACGGCCUCUUCAUUGCCUAUCACUAUCAAGCGAUAGACUACAUACUUCCAUACGUAUCAAAGUACGAUUCAGUGAGCUGGUGGUACUCACAAGAGUAUACAAAUGUCAGGUUGAAUAUCCGGUUUAAUGGACAGGUAGUUACUGACCCUCGCUUUAGAACACCCAACCCACAGCAUCGCGACUACCAAAAGAGACUGCCUUUACAGGAUGCCUUCAAUAGUUUUGUUGCUGACAUUCGGUUAGAAGAACCAGAAAAGUAUCGAAAAUCGUUCGAGCCCAUUUUACAGCAAUGGUUAGCAAAUGAUGACCCAAAGUGGAUGUUGGGCCAACAAACUUGCGUACGUGAUUUAUCUGUACAUCCAUAUAGACCUUACGAGAAUCUAGCUUAAACAAUAUUGUACUAAGUUGUUUUUAGCACUUAGGCUACUAUUGAAUAAAUCGUCACCACUCGCAUUUUUAUCAUAACUGUGUUUUGAAAUUUGUACUUCAUAAAAACGCAAGAUGUGAAUAUCAGACAGUCAAAAAUUUCCUGUUGAAGCAUGCCCCCAGACCCCCCUAGAUGGCCGUGUUCCUGAGCACACAGAUAUCUGCAUGGCCCCCAUUUUUCUGAAAUGUGACUAUUGCCCCCCCCCCCCCUGUCAAUUUGUUUGUAUGAAGAUGCCUCGAGGCGUAGCCGCAGGAGGGAUACAGUAAAUCUGACUGUUGUGUGUGUAUUUUGGCCAUAAGGCCAGGCAAACUAUACACCUUAAGGUGACAUAUUUUCGCGUGUAUUAAUUUCUGCUAUUUCUGCGAAUGAGAGAAAAUCGCAAAAAUUAGUACUCGCAAAUAAUUGGCCGCCCUCUUGUUUAAUGUACCCAGAUCGACAUUUCGCAAAAAAUUAUACCGCAAAAUGUACAAAACUGUAAAAACGCAAACAAAUCUACCUGUUGUAGUAAUGUGCAUAGUGUUUACUUUUAGUUGUGUUAAUUAACUCAUUUCCUGUGGUUAACUUUACUUCCUGUAUUGUACUUUUCUGUUAUUGUGGUUUCUGUUCGUUAGUAGGUUCUUUCUGUAUAGUUGUUCUUUGUUCCCUU